UGUGGCCAUAUAACAUUGUCUGACAACUUCAUCAUGAAUCUUUCUAUCGUUGUGUGAAUAGAAUUGGCAUUGUAUCGAUUCACAUCAGAUGAAAAAAAAUCAAUAUAAUAUAACUUCGUAUUACAUUACUACAUAUUUUUUAUCUAAAAUUGUUUAAAUUAUGAAGUUUAUGAAAUAAAAUCGUAAAAUGUCGACUGCAUGUUGGGAAUUAUUGUACUCUAUCAUCGAAAAUGACAUAAAGUGCCAAGCAGAUAUUAUAAUUGCAAUCGCUCAUUGGAUUUUGGUAGAUCGAGCCAAUUUGAGAUGUCUAGGUUUAGGAGAAGAGAAAACAUUACGAGCAAAUGAAGUGUCCAACGGUAACGUAAAGCUGCCAAACAAUUGGAAUGAAGACAGUUUCGACUAUUCACUAAGAUAUGUGCUUGAUGGAAAAGUGUAUGUAUUACAUGGCACGGUACCUGUUGAUAGAUCGAAGGUUACAUUGUCUUUUGCGACAGCUGAAGAAGAACCGGUUGUAUUGGACGUUGAUCUGAAUCAUGUACGUCAAUUAAGAGGAAGUUUGCCGACUUUAAUUCCGGAUCGGAAGACUGUUUUUAGCAUCUUACGUGGUUUUCACUCAAUCGUACCUGCACAGAAUCGCCGUACAGAUGUUAGGUAUGGAAAAAAGGGUUAAAUCAACAAUUUCAUCUUAAUAAUGGUCCAAAUUUUCGUUUUUACUCGUAAUUUUAACACGUUUAGUCUUUCUUAAGUGGAUUCUAUCGCAAAUUGUAAAACAAUUCUAGCAUUUUUCAUAGUUAAUUAUGAAUAUUGACUAGUAACCGCUCACAUUAACCCAAGCUUAUUCUUUUAUUAGAAAUGAGGUCACACAUCACUCUCGCGAUAUUUUUUUAGGUUAGCUAAUUUCGGAAUAAACUUUACAUUCGAUCCGAGCAAUUCGUGCUAAAACUCCCUUUGCGAACAAUUUCAACAAACUUUAUUUAUGGAUCGAUUUUUUUUAUUUGAUUUUUGUUUUAAUCAGUAUUUUAAAAACUACUUUUAAUUUCUAGUGGAAGCUCCAGUGCGAACUCGUUGAGUUGGGAAUAUGAAAUCUGAAUGAAAUUUAUGCCUAAUAAAUGGCAAAUUCCAUCAAUCAAUCAAACACUUGCUUUCGCUAUUUUGUAUUAUUUUUAGUGAAAAAAAAACAAUUUUUCCAAUUAUAAAGCAUUGUAGUUUGUACAAAUAUAUGAGGUAUCUCACCUCUAAUAAUUCAGGGGAUAAUAUUUUAUUGUAAGAAGAUGAAAAAUCAUAAAUUGAAAUAUUUGCCAGUGAAAAUCCACUAAAAUCAUGUUCUUUUUUAGUCUUCGCACAAUAAUUUUUGCUUAAGUUUUUUAAAAAUUGAAAUUCUCUUAAUAAAUCGCAAUGAAUACAAUUUGUAAAA